GUCUUGUUCUUGUGCACGUGUACACUCCACUGACUCCUCUUCAACACAGUCCAUCCAGAGUUGUGUAUAGAGAUAGUCGCGUCAAAACCGUUGUAACGCCACGAUGUAAUACACUCCGGUACAGGAGGUGGCAGUAGACGCCUUAAACAUUGGUCUGUCGCCUGCCGUUAAUUAAAAAGGAAGAAGAAGAAGAAGAAGAAGAAGACGUGACUCUUUAGACAGCUCUGGUGCUUUCUAACUAACAGGUAUCAGCCGGUUGUCUGCAAACAAUCGGCCAAAUUGGUAGACGAAAAGACCGUAAUUAAAACUCGUUUUGUAGCUUUACUGUAGUGAAGUUUACGUCACACACUGGAGGUCACUUUGUAUAGUUAGCUCACCUAGCAGGCUAUUGUGCGGUAGCUAGCUGGCUAGCUUGCUAGUUAGCUCACGACAACGUCAUAAGAAGACAGUAGGAAACAAACGAGGUGACCAACUGAUCAAAGCUGCCGCCGCUGCGGUCCACGUCUGUGAAAUCUACCACCAGCGGUGCAACAAUGAAUGUAGCUAAAAGUGGCUAUCGCGUCUUUUCUGCAAACUCUUCUGUAGCCUGCACAGAAUUGGCCAAGAAGAUAACGGAGCGGUUGGGAGUCGAACUGGGGAAGUCUGUGGUCUUUCAGGAAUCUAACAGAGAAACUAGAGUGGAUGUGAAAGAAUCAGUUCGAGGACAAACUAUCUUCAUCAUCCAGACCAUACCGCGAGAUGUCAACACUGCCAUCAUGGAGCUGCUGGUUAUGGCCUACGCCCUCAAGACGUCUUGUGCAAAGAACAUCAUUGGGGUCAUUCCUUACUUUCCCUACAGCAAACAGUGCAAGAUGAGGAAGAGGGGCUCAAUAGUGAGCAAGUUGUUAGCUUCAAUGUUGGCGAAAGCAGGAUUAACACACAUCAUCACCAUGGACUUGCACCAGAAGGAAAUCCAGGGCUUCUUCAGCUUUCCAGUGGACAACUUGCGUGCCUCCCCUUUCUUGAUUCAGUACAUCCAAGAAGAGAUUCCUGAUUACAGAAAUGCCAUAAUUGUGGCAAAGUCCCCGUCAGCAGCGAAGAGGGCUCAGUCCUAUGCAGAACGCCUGCGUUUGGGUCUAGCUGUGAUCCACGGCGAGGCUCAGUGUUCAGAGUCCGACAUGGCUGAUGGAAGACACUCCCCACCAUGUGUACGCAACACCACAGGACACACAGGACUGGAGCUUCCUCUGAUGAUGGCCAAGGAGAAACCUCCCAUAACUGUAGUCGGAGACGUGGGAGGGAGAAUUGCCAUCAUUGUGGAUGACAUCAUCGAUGAUGUCGGAGACUUUGUUGCAGCUGCUGAGAUCCUGAAAGAGAGGGGAGCCUAUAAGAUUUAUAUCAUGGCCACACACGGGUUACUGUCCGCUGACGCUCCACGUCUCAUCGAGGAAUCAGCCAUUGAUGAAGUGGUGGUGACCAACACUGUCCCACAUGAAGUACAGAAGCUACAGUGUCCCAAAAUCAAGACUGUGGACGUCAGCAUGAUAUUGGCUGAGGCCAUCCGCCGCAUCCACAACGGAGAGUCCAUGGCCUACUUGUUCCGCAACAUCACCGUGGACGACUAGAGUCAGGGAGGGCGAGGUGGGUGUGACAGGUGCACUUCUCCCCGGUGCUGUAAAAAAACAAACAUGCCAAGGCCAUGUUCCAUGUGUUUUUGUCAGGAUUAAAUGUUCCCUGAUUCAUUGGGUCAUUCUUACUAUUUAAACUUCCUUCAAAGAUAUUUAUGUUAAUCUAAAGGGGUAAAAAUGUUUUGGGUACGUUGAGAUGAAAUGCAUCUUGUUCUUUUUGAGGAAAGAUGAUGAAGAAGAAGAAGAAGCAAACAUGACUUUCACCUUUUGGAUGCAUUUGGAAGCCGCCCCUCGUCUCGCUGCUCUUUCUGCUUGACCAAAAGAUGCUUUGACACCAAGAAAAAAAACACCAAGUUAUUUAGUCAAACACUGCGGUGCCUCAUAACUAAUGACUCAACUUCAAUUGCAAAAGAGGAGAGAGAGAGAGAGAGAGAGAGAUGUCUCUAUUUUCAGGACUGUACGCUUCACCAACCAUUUUGUUUAUUGCCGCUCAUGUUCACGCUGCUCAGCACUGUGAUGUCUUUGCAUUUAACGGAAUUUAGUUGUUUCCCACCACAAAGACGACGGUGGACAAACUCCUGCUCUUUGGGGCCCAAACUAUAUAUUUUUCCGCAGCUGUUUUUGCACCAUUUGUGGAAAUUGUUUGGUAAAAUGUCCAAUAUGAUACAACAAGGUUCUCAAUGAAUCAUCCUUUUUAUAUUCUAUAUCUUAGAGGGUCAGUUCAAAACCUAUUUUCCUACUUACUCUUAGAAUGAUCUCGGAGGAUAGUUUUGGUUAAAUGCUGCUGUUUUGAGAAGUCGGCUUCUUUGAUUCCUGCUGUGUACACUUGAGUUUAAUGUCAUUUAAUUUGAGAUGAUCAAAUUAUCAAAAUGCUAUGUUUUGAAAAAGUGAAAUGUGGGAUAUAACUCAACAGAGUCUUUGGAUUAUACAGAGUAACUUUGACAUUUGUUCUUGACAGGUGAGUAUUUUAAAGAUUUAAACACCACGGUUAACCUGGGAAGUGGGACAUUUAUUUCUUUCAUUAUUACAAUUUCCUUAUUUGGAUGGACUGACCCUUUUUAAUAAUAUUCUACAUCUCUCUAGCAGUAGACUGAACACACCUAUUAAUGUAGUGCUUAUUUUAAAUGGCUGAUAUUGUUAACUGACUGACAUCAUAUUGCAUAUGAAGGCCAUAAAUAGCCAAGAGGACUACAAACCACGAGUAGUAAAUAAUACUGCCGGUUUUCUUCAUGUAGUAUUCUUGUUUGUGUUUUUCUCAGCAGUCUGUAGAUUUCCUUAAUUUAAGUGCUUAAUUUAACUUCCGGCUGGGUUUCCUUAUCAUCACAGUACUGUUGUUAUCUGCUGAUGUGACUGAAAGGCUGCUUGCAUACUUUUGUGCUGGAGAUUUAAUUCUCCCAGCUGGAGGUUGGCGACAAUAAUCCACACGACUUAACCUUUUCAAGUUCUCAAUCUGAUUUUCUUUUCUCCCGUCUGAUUUUGAGUUUUGGACAUUAUGACCCGUGUACUAAGUGCAUUACAGCAACCAACGCUGAAUUCUUGAAACCUGAGUGUUACACCAGCACCUGAAUGUACCACAUAAGUGACUGAAGUGAUCACUUUACUAUUACAACUAAUGCUGGGCUACUGGAGUCGUUAAACUAAUGGCUGCUUAGAAGUUGGGGUAUGGGUAGGAAAAAAAGAAGAACAUUGGCCAACAUUAAUGUAAAAUGUGUGUUUUUCGUAAAUUGGCAAAAGCCCCAGUAUUGUCUUAGUGAAGAAACAAGUGUAUUUUGAGACUGAUUGAGCCGUUUGCUCAGAGAAAUAUAUUUAAGCCAGCCCACAAUUAUUUGUUUUUGUAUUUUUGAUGGUUUGUUCUGACUUCACUUGUCUUCCAUUGAGCAGUACUGUUCGCCUUUUUUGCUUUUUACCGUAUGUUAUGGAUACUGGAUUUCCUCCUGAUGGCUAUUAGAGAGCCAGAUGCACACGCUGGUGUUGUGUUGGAGGUCGUCGGUAUCGCGUGCUGUUGCUACGCAGGCUCAAAAGUUACCCGUCGUUGGUGUCGUCCGUCCUGUCUUCUCUGUGUUUGCCUGUCUGUGAUGUUGAGGACUCGUGGUCUCGACACUAACACCCUUCUGUGGAGCUCUACGGCGUUUGAAAAUAAAACCGUUGCCUCUC